CCCGAAAUGUCCAACGUUGGCACGUCUGUGAUCACGGUGACAGCGUCGGACGCGGAUGACCCUACCUAUGGGAACAGCGCUCGGUUGGUCUACAGCAUCCUGCAGGGCCAGCCUUAUUUCUCAGUGGAGCCGCAGACAGGCGUAAUCCGCACAGCGCUGCCCAACAUGGACAGAGAGGCCAGGCAGAGUACGAUGUGGUCAUCCAGGCCAAGGACAUGGGUGGGCACAUGGGCGGCCUGUCCGGCACCACCGACGUGAAAAUCACGCUGACCGACGUCAACGACAACCCUCCUAAAUUCCCGCAGAGCGUGUACACCAUGGCUGUGUCGGAGGACAAGGUCCCAGGGGAGGAGGUGGGCCGGCUGAAGGCCAAGGCGGACAUGGGUGAGAACGGCAUGGUGGAGUACCGCUUCCUGGAGGGGGACGGCAUGGGCGUGCUGGAGAUCAACAAGGACUCCGAGACACAGGAGGCCGUCAUCAAGCUGAAAAAGGUGGUGGAUUAUGAGAAGAAGAAGUCGUACACGGUGAAGGUGGAGGCCUCGAACCCCCACGUUGACCCGCGCUUCAUGGCCUGGGGACCCUACAAGGACACGGCCACCGUGAAGGUGAGCGUGGAGGACGCCGACGAGCCCCCGGUCUUCAACGAGGCCAGCUACAACUUUGAGGUGGAGGAGAACGCUCCCGAGGGGACGGUCGUUGGGCAAGUGCACGCCAGAGAUACAGACACAGCCAACAAUCCUGUCAGGUAUAUGAUUCCCCGCUAUACAGACCUGGGUCAGUUCUUCGGCAUCACCCCCGAGGAUGGCGUCAUCAAAACCACUCGUCCACUGGACCGUGAGAACCAGGCCUGGCACAACAUUAGCGUCAGCGCCACAGAGAUUGGAGGACACCACCAAGAUUCAAAAGUUCGAGUAAACAUCAAAGUCAAAGAUGUGAAUGACAACCCGCCAGAAUUUGCCACGAAUAAUGAAGUCCUUGUUUGUGAGAAUGUUGUACCAGGAAAACUCAUUGAGACAGUCAGUGCCACUGACAAGGAUGAGAUGGCUCACCGACAGUACUUCCAGUUCAGCCUGCCCCCUGAGGUGGUUAACAACCACAACUUCACUCUGAAGGACAACAAAGAUAGCACAGCCAGCAUCUACGUGAUGCGCAAGGGCUUCAGCCGGAUGACCCAGGACAUGUACUUCCUGCCCAUUGAGAUCAAUGACAACGGCGUCCCUCCCCAGAGCAGCACACAGACCCUGACCAUCCGCGUGUGCAGCUGCGACAGCAAGGAGACUAUCCUGUCCUGCAAUGUGGAGCCCUUCAUCCUGCCCGCUGGCCUCAGCACUGGAGCUCUGAUCGCCAUCCUGGCCUGCAUCGUCAUCCUGCUGGCGAUCGUGGUGCUGUUUGUGGCUUUGCGACGGCAGAAGAAGGAGCCUCUCAUCGUGUUCGAGGAGGAGGACAUCCGCGAGAACAUCAUCACGUAUGACGAUGAGGGUGGCGGAGAGGAGGACACCGAGGCCUUCGACAUCGCCACGCUGCAGAACCCAGACGGGGCCAAUGGCUUCCUGCCGCGCAAGGACAUCAAGCCCGAGCUCCAGUUUCCCAUGAGGCCCGGCGCGCGGCCUGUGGCCAACAGCGUCGACGUUGAUGAUUUCAUCAAGACGCGCAUCUCGGACGCGGACAAUGACCCCACGGCGCCACCCUAUGACUCCAUCCAGAUCUACGGCUACGAGGGCCGGGGCUCAGUGGCGGGCUCCCUCAGCUCGCUGGAGUCGGUCACGACGGACUCGGACCUGGACUACGACUAUCUCCAAAGCUGGGGGCCUCGCUUCAAGAAGCUGGCCGAUCUGUAUGGCACCAAAGACUCGGCUGACGACAACUCUUAACGCCACCUUGACGCCACCUGGCUCGAUGGGCACCCCCUGUCCUUCCCUCCCUCCCUUAA